CUGACGUUGUUAUUAUAAAUACAGUGUUUUACUGGUAUAGCCAGAGGGAUGUCUGGAAACAUCGUCAUCACAGCAGAAUUUAUGGAAAUACCACAGAUGACGAACUGAAUAUGAAUUACACAGUGAAUUACUAUAUAUCGAAAGGAGCUGUAAAGAGCAAACUACUCAUAUCAAUUGGUUUCUUUGGAAUUAUAUUUAGAAUGACUUAUAUUGGAAACGUAUACCCAGACAGAUAUACGAGAAUUAAAAGUGAGGAUUAUAAUCAAAUCUGUAAACGAUUAGAUGAAUACACGACAAAGAAUGGGAGAAAACGAAGAUUUCCUGACACCUGUCCUUUCUAUGUUUAUGACAAUGAUAACUUAUUGAUUUAUUAUGAUGAUGAAGUUAGUGUGAGGUCCAAGGUCAGAUAUGCAAAAGAGCAUGGUUUAGCAGGUGUCAGUGUUUGGGAUGUUUCGCAGGAUGAUAUGACAGGAAUCUGUGGGGAGGGACGUUUCCCACUCUUACAACAUAUUAUUAAUGAAUGCAGCACGCCUUAAGUAACUAAUUAUUAAAGAAUCGAGGAGGUGCUUGGGUUAUACAUAUGUUUAUUAUGCUUACUUUGUAUUAAGGAAUUUAUUAGGGGUUUGGAAAAUGUUUUGUAAUAAAUAUUUUUUCUUUUCAUAUUUCUGAUCAAAUGUUGAGUUCUUUUAAAUAAAGGAUUAAUAAAUACAUUUACAAAAGAAAAACUGUAAAAUCAUGUUUUGGUGUUGUUGCAAUAUGUCCUUCUAGGUUAUUAUGGUGUGUUAAAUAGUUACGUUGUUGGGGGUAUGUUGUUAUCUUUCUGUGGUAUGUUCAUCAUAAUAUGAUGCUAAUGUAAGCUGUAAUGUAAUAUGUUGUAAUAUGAUGCUAUAUAAUGUUGUUCUAUAUUGUUAAGUUUUGUUGUUGUUCUAUGUACUUUUUACAUUGUGCUGUUAUGUUAAGGUAUAUAAUUUUGGUAGUUUUGUUACGUUGUUAAU